AUGGAAAUGGUCGGUCGUCACUUGUUCAACUCGGUGGCUCUGAUUCAGGGCCACAGGCGAGUCCUUCAUUUGGCCCCGCCUUUUCUGGUUGAAGAUUAUGAACCCGUUGCUUUAGAAACUUGUCGAAAAGGCCUCAUGCAGGCCAAGGUGGAAGAGGCUCGCGAAGAGCUCGAAAAUUGUCGUGCUUGUCCUCGAGAUUGCCGAGUGAAUCGUCUAAAAGAUGUCAGAGGAGCCUGCAACACUGGACGACAUGCUGUAGUUAGUUCGGCUUUUCCUCACUUUGGCGAGGAAUCCGUCCUUCAAGGGUGGAAUGGUUCGGGUACUAUUUUCUUUGGCCUUUGCAACUUGCGUUGUGUGUUUUGUCAGAACUGGGAUAUAUCCCAAAAGAAACAAGGCUGGGAGCUCAAGCCCGACGAGAUUGCGGAUCUAAUGUUGAAACUCCAGAAUGAGACCAAAUGCCACAACAUCAACUUUGUCACUCCCGAACAUGUGGCUCCGCAAGUGGUCGAAGCGAUUGCUUUGGCGGUCGACGGUGGUCUCAAGGUGCCCAUUAUCUACAACACAAGCUCUUACGACAGUCAGAAGUCAUUGAAACUCAUGGACGGGUUGGUCGAUAUCUACUUGCCGGAUUUCAAGUUCUGGAGUCCGGAAACCAGCCAACGACUGUGCAAAGCUCGCGAUUAUCCUGAAGUAGCACGUCAAGCCAUUUUGGAAAUGCAACGACAAGUAGGGGAUCUCGUGUUUAACAGCCAAGGUUUGGCUCAAAAGGGCGUUCUCAUUCGACAUCUCGUCAUGCCCAACCAUGAGGAGGAAGCAAAGGCGAUCUUGAAAUUUGUGAGCGACAGUGUGUCCAAAGAUGCUUUUGUGCAUCUCAUGGAACAAUAUCGACCCACUUUUAGCGUGGGAAAGGGAGAAACGCGAGCUCGAACAGGGUUUACAACCUAUGAAGAGAUCAACCGGCCUGUGACCGAAUCCGAAAUCGACGGAUUGCGAGCCUUUGCGCAAGAUUUGGGCUUGUGGCGAUUUGAAGGUGACUUUGAUUGAAGCUUGAGAAAUGGGAAAUACUAGGCAAGACCACUGUGUCUUUGGUCACA